AUGAAGAUCUUUCUACUGGAAUACUUUGCUAACAGCAAUGAAGCGCGUCCCGUCACGUUGCACAUCACUAUAACAGUGUGUUCCGGAGGAAGUUCCAUUGGUCGAAUUUGCUGUUCCGAAUUUGAUAUAGAGUGGGCCCUGUUGCACAUGGACUGGUACCUACAGCUCGAGUCCGCCGUCAGCGACCCGGAAUCACCAAGCACUCCCAAGCCCCUGACCAAUUCAGCCACAGAACAAUUUGCGGAUUCGAGCGUGAUAGGCAUGGUAGACUGCUGCGAGACGAACUACUGCGAACGCGCAGUGCUUGUGAUCAUGGCGUUCAAGGCGGCGGAAAGCCUUGGCAAGAAAGUGGCAACCGCGCUGGCUGCCUUGUGA